CUGCAGAAUGAUCUUAUGGAAUUGUGGUCACUUAUGCAUUUUCUGAUGCCACAUGUCUUUCAGUCUCACCAGGAAUUCAAAGAUUGGUUCUGUAACCCGAUAGCAGGGAUGGUUGAGGGACAAGAAAAAAUCAACAAAGAAGUUAUUGAUCGCUUACAUAAUGUCCUCCGUCCUUUUCUUCUACGGCGCUUAAAAAGGGAUGUGGAGAAGCAACUUCCUUCAAAACAUGAGCAUGUUAUUUUC